AGAGUACGCAUGCGCAGAGGUUACCAUGCCUGCAGUAAAGUCAACUGGAGCAAAAUCAACCUAAACAACUGUUACCCGUGAAGAAAGCAUAAAGAGAUGUAACCUCAUAUAUUUAUUCAAGAAGCCGUGAUGACCUGAUAUCAUUAACAUAAUGUCUACUCCAGCUGUUCGUGUGUUCCGGAGGUUAGAGGGUCUGUUCUGUGUUUACAAACCUCCUGGUGUUCACUGGAAACUCGUCCGGGAUGGAGUCGAGACCAACCUGCUGAAAGGUUUAAAUGCUACACCGUCCAUGCCACUUCCUCAGGAGGUCCGCUUCUUGGCGCACCCAGUCAGUGAGACUGAAGCACCCAAGGGACUCACACUGUCUGUAUCCUCUGUGCCAGUACUGUCCAAGCAUCCUUUGGUGACUGGACCUGAAUUCCAGCGUAUUAAAGUUGGAGUAGGACAUCGCCUGGAUGCUUUCUCUUCUGGUGUUCUGGUUCUUGCUGUUGGGAAUGGAAACAAGACCUUGAAUGAUCUCUACAGAACACGAAUCACAAGGGAUUACACUCUGGAGGGUGAAUUUGGGACUGCGACAGAUGAUUUCUCUCACACAGGCAGAGUUGUGGAAAGAUCCACCUACGGUCACAUCACACAGGAUAAGCUGGACAGAGUCUUGGCGAUGCUGCAGGGAGCCAAUCAAAAGGCCUUGUUAAUGUAUUCCAACAUGGACAUGAGCUCACAGGAAGCCUACGAGAUGGCUGUGCAAGGUUUACUGGGUCCUGAGGGGAAAUCGGAGCCUAUUCUGACAGGCUUGCGUUGCGUUCACUUCCAGCCCCCCAACUUCACUUUAGAGGUCCAGUGUCUAAACGAAACUCAGAAAUAUUUGCGCAAAGUUGUGCACGAGAUAGGACUGGAGCUGCGCAGCACAGCUGCCUGUAAAGGUGUUAGACGGACCAGAGACGGCCCUUUCACCCUGCAGGACGCCCUGACUCAUCACCACUGGACCGCUUCUGAUGUUACACAGGCCAUCAGACAAUACCACUCCUCUAAAAACAAAAAAAGAAGAAGCCCCACACAGAUCAAGGAGCCAGCGUCACAACCACCAGAAGAGUGUUGACAGUCAACAAAAUGAAACCAGCCGCGAAGCCGCAGCAGGUAGAAUUAAAUAACUUUGAGCAGCAGGUAAUGCAAGUCACAGAACAAUACAAUCUCUACAAUGACUCUCUGAGUCUGAACUUCAGUUGGAAAAGAGAUGUGAAAAACCAGACGCAACAGGACGCUGACUUUCGUUGACUUAACAGCCACAUAUGUCGCUGUUAACAAGCAAUUUCUGAUUCUUACAAACAGUCCCUUUAAAAGGUUUUUGGUAACAAUGUAUCUUACAUGUCUGUAAUUUCCCUGUAACUGUCCCCAAUAAUUUUUAGGUGGUUGAUACUAAUUAUGGGGAAAAUAGGAAGUUCCUUGUAAACAGUAAAUAUUCAUUAUUAAUUGGAAAAAUUAUUCUUCAUAUAUGUUCUUAUAUACAUAUAUACAUAUAUACAUAUAUAUAUAUAUAUAUAUAUAUAUAUAUAUAUAUGAAAUUAAUUUGAAAGUAUUCUGAAAUUACAGCCCUGUAAAAACAUAAAGCGUUUAUCUUGUUUUCUGAUGUUUAACAUAGAGACAGUGUUUACAAGUUCCAGUCUAAAAACUGAAUUAUCUGAAUAACUGACAGCAACCAGAUUGAUUGUCCUGGUGGGUAAAUCAUGUGAAGUCAGAGCCAAUCAUUGAUAAUUGGAUUUAGUGUGAUCAUUUGUGUCCUCUGAUGAUGUUUCCCAGCCUUUCUGUUUCCCAUAAAAGCUCUUCUGGGAUGUUAUGAGGUUAUUGCAGUGGCGCCAUUGUUGUCAUGCUCUUCAUACCAUUGAAGGGCUUGUUUUGUUCCCACGGGAACACUGUUGUCUUUGUCAGUCUGGUAAACACACAACUUUCACGAGGACGCAAAUGAACUACGUGAGCAUGCAGUUGUCACUCUAGAGAUUUAUUAAGCAUGAUGCAUGACAUUAGAACAAUUUGAUUAAAGGUAUUCAGGCACACAAGUUACAGGGAAAUACACAAACAUAAUAAAAACAAUUUUACAUGUA